GUAAUUAGUUAAAGCUGUAUUUCUGUUUGAGAUGGAGCAGUUUACUUCAGCAGGGUUUCCGUACUCCACCAGCAGAGAUGAAGGAGUGACAACAAGCUGAUAAUCCGAACAACCUGUUCAGCACAAUAACAACCAAAAUGCUCGAGUGGAGCGAAUGGAGGCUUUCCAGAUGAAAGGGGUGGAGCUAGAGAAGAGUCUGUCAGAGGUCAGAAAGAAGCUGUCGGAGGCUCAGCGCAAGGUGAAGAAGCUGGAGGGGGCGAGUACAGAGCAGGCCAAGAAGGAGCUGGAGGAGGCCAAGAAUGAGGAGAAGCAGCUGCGCAAGGAGGAGAGGAGCUGGGAGAAGAAGAUAGAUGAGCACCGGAGAGAGGAGAAGAAGAUGCCCUGGAACGUAGAUACACUCAGCAAGGAAGGAUUCAGCAAGAGUGUGUUGAACAUAAAGCCAGAGGUGAAGGAAGAGACAGAGGAGGAAAAAGAGAAGAAGCACAAGACCUUUGUGGAGAAGUAUGAGACACAGAUAAAGCACUUUGAAACAGACCAUUACAGACCGUUACAGGCCCAUCAGACCAUUGUUAUGCAGUUCAGCCUAAAGAUCGACCCACGGGGAUGUUUCCGCCAGUUCUCCUCCAAGAUAAAGGAAAUGCAGAAGUGCUUUGAUGAGAGACAUCCAGAUGUUACAAGAUGCCAUCAACAAAAUGGAUCCCACGGAGGCGAAGUACCACAUGAAGCGCUGCAUCGAUUCGGGUCUGUGGGUGCCGAAUUCACAGCCAGACGAUGACCGAGAGAAGGAGGA